UAUAGAGGGAGGCGCUCAGACUUUCGAAGAGGAAGUAAGAAAGACAGAGCCAGACAGUCAUACAGUCCAGCAAUAGCAAACUUGGACCCGGCCCAGAUUUCUGAUUAUUUGCACAGCAGUUCCUCAUCUCGCUCACUCCAGUGCCUGUUGUUUACAUUGAAACUGACCCAGAAAAGAUGGCUCAGCCAAUGCUUCGCCACCAGACCUCCUUAUGACAGAGGCAGGACCUUUGAAGUUUGAUGUCUUUGGGUCGAGUACGAGGAUGGGGGUGGGUGUGGUUCCUCUGCUGACGGGUGAAGACAACCAGCUGUUAGAAGGUGUGUGGUCUCAAAGGGGAAAUCACAUUCAAACAUACUCUCGGCCAUCUGGUGGUUGUAGAAGUUUGGCUUUUGACUGCGACCCCAGUGCAUCAUGGGAUACAUUCAGCAGAGCACGGACACUUACGAUGGGAUUGGAAUGCACUCUUCCUUAGCAGAACAUGCUCUCAGCCGGCACGCAGAGGUCAUUUUUCACACAGAUGCCUAAACAGACUCCUCACAGACCGAGAUUUUUGACUGAGAUUCAUCUUUUCACACUGAGGAAAGUUGAGAGGCUUGUAGACAACUAUUACAAAAGAUACAAACAUUCAUUGAUGCUCAACAAGGCAACACAAUGCAUUGAAAGCCAGGGGGUAGAGGAACUGAUAAACCAGUGGAUCUGGCAGGAGGACUUCUGGCUUCCUCCCGGCAUCACAUGGAAGGACAUCGCCGAAGGGACAACAGGUGGCAGUCGGCAUCCCACACCCCGCGACCUGCUCAUCUGUCUGCCCCUGGCCCUGAGUUUCAUUGCCCUGCGUUUUGGUUUUGAAAGGGUUGUGGCACAGCCACUUAGCCGACUGCUGGGAGUACGAGAUAGGUUUAGGGUUCGAGUAACGCCCAUCCCAAAGCUAGAGGCUUUUUACCGGAGGAAAAAGAACCAGCCCUUAGAGAGUGAAAUAGCACUUCUGGAGAAGCGUUCUGGGCUCACACAGCGACAGAUCCAGGCCUGGUUUCACCAUCGCCGGAACCAGGACAGACCCAGCAACACCAAGAAAUUUUGCGAAGCUUCGUGGAGGUUUGUCUUUUAUCUCGCUGUGUUCUCAGGUGGUCUCAUCUCUUUGAUUCAUACUCCUUGGUUUUGGGAUCAGAGGGAAUGCUGGCACGGAUACCCCAGACAGGCCGUGGCAGAAGCUCAGUAUUGGUAUUACGUUGUGGAGCUUUCCUUCUACCUCUCACUUCUGCUCUGCGUAUCAGUGGACACCAAACGCAAGGACUUCAAAGAGCAAAUUGUUCACCACAUCGCCACCAUUUUCCUGAUCGCGUUCUCGUACUGCGGAAACUACGUGCGCAUCGGGACCCUGGUGAUGCUCGUUCACGACUCCUCGGACUUCCUGAUGGAGUCUGCUAAGAUGUUCAAUUAUGCCGGUUGGAGGAAGACAUGCGAUACCCUGUUUGUCAUAUUUGCCGUGGUAUUCCUCAUAACUCGCCUUGUGGUUUUCCCCUGCAGAGUGGUUUACACGACUGCUGUGCACUGGUUAGAGUUUUUUCCUCCGUACCCCGGGUAUUAUUUCUUCAACGCCCUGCUGUUGGUUCUUCAGGCGUUGCACAUCUUCUGGGCUUGGCUGAUCCUUCGAAUGGUUUACAAGUUUGUCUUUUCAGGCAAAGUGGAACGAGACGAACGGAGUGACGAAGAGAGCGAGGUUGAGGAAGAUGACGGUGGAGAAGAGGAACGCAGCUGGGAACAGAAACACGGGGCACUGAACUCAAAACUGGCUUCACUGGCCAAUAACUGCGUGUUGAACAAUUUAACCAAUCAGAGACGAAAGAUGAACAGCAGAACGCCGAAAGCCAGAUAGCGAUUUUAUUAGAAUUAAUUAAUUUAUUGUAGUGUAGUUUUAAGAUGCCGAUGCAUCUUUCACCCUCAUGAACUGUAUGUUAAAAAAACGAAGUCCAACUUUAAUGCGUUUUAAUCGCAUUAACACUUACAAAACAACACUGAAAAAAAUAGGAUGUGAUCAAACACGUAAAACGUCUUGUUUGCACCUUUAGAGUGUAUUUUAAGUACAUUCGGAGUUCAUUGUUCAAUUAAUUUAAUUAAAUAAAUUAGUUGCUUUUGAUGCGUUGACUUAAUAGCUGUAUGCAAAUUUAGUAUGGUUUAGUUAACAAUAUUUUUUUACAUUAAAAAAGCAGUAAUAUUAUAAUAUAAAACAACACUUUUGACGAAACUUUUAAAAUUAAACGUUAAAUUUAGCCAAAAAAUUAGUUUGCAAUUACAAAGUAGAAAUAUUUAUAUUGAAUUGUUUAAAUUAAGUUAAUCGUUUAGUUGUUCGUUAUGGAGCAGUGAUAUAUAAAAACAUAAAAAAUUAGUAAACAAUUUACUUAUGUUGAUAAAAGACUACUUAGUUCCACUAAGUUACCUCGGCAAGAUUGUAUAAAUAUAUCUAAAUGAAGACACAUUGUGUAUGAAUUUUCAAGACUGCUGUCGAUUCAAAUUUUUUGAUUGUCCGUGUGGAUAAUAGAAAGUUUAACAGCGCCAUCUAGUGGUGAUUUUGCUUUAAGAUGUACCAUUUUAGAUUGUUUUGUACAUGUUUUGUGUGUUUUUUUUAAGAUUGUCAUUUCGUUGUGCAGCGUACAUUGCCUUAAUAAUUUAGAUUACCGAAGCAUGUGCCUCUAAAUCUAAAGCCUUGGUUUCUAGAAUAUUAAAACCUGCUUCGAGGGCUACACGCUAAGUUCGUGUUGAUGUUUUAGAUAAGGCUGUAAAGUUAUUAAGCUAUUUAAAAUAGCCAUAUGGUUACUGAAGCAUAAAUUGUUUGUUUGCACAGAAAAUAAACCCAAGCCUUUUAUCUCAAAGCCA